AUGAGCCUGGCCCACACCACUGUGCUUCUCUGUGCCUGGGGCAGUCUCCAGGCCUUUGAAAUAGUGGAGAAGGAGAACAUUUUUCUGAAGACCCCCUGCCCUGCUUUCCUUAUGUUUGACAAUGCUGCCUACUUGGCUGAUAUGAGCUUUGAGCUUCCCUGUCACUGCAAGCCUGAGGAGGUGCCGGCUGUAGUCUGGUACUAUCAAAAGCAUGUGGGUAGCAGCCACACCAAAGUGCUGACAGACUUUGAUGGGCGUGUGCUGACCGAGGCGGCCCAGGUGCGUGUGGGCAGUGACAUGCUAGUCCGUUUCAGCAUCCGCAUGUUUAGCCUGUUGGUUUUCCGGGCCCAGCCUGAGGACUCAGGUCUGUACUUCUGUGGCACCCGCAAAGGGGAAUACUUUUAUGCCUACGAUGUGGACAUCCAGAGCAAUGAGGGAAUGGUGGCGACCUUCAAGGACAUGGGCCAGAAGCCCUUUGCUGAUGAGUACUAUGGGAACCUCCAUGUCUUCACCACCUUCUGGGAGUGGACCCCUUGUGACCGCUGUGGGGUGCGUGGGGAGCAAUGGCGCAUUGGCCUCUGCUACCUGCAGAGCCCUGACCUCUCCCCACGGUACCGGAGGACACAGUCUGAUGUGGUGUCCUGUGGUUCACAGGCUGUGCCUAGGAGACUGCGCACCACAGUCAGGGACCACAUGCCUGAGUUGCUGGUUCAGAGCUGCCUGGUGCCCUGUGAAAAGAAGAACCGGUUCCGGGAGAGUGUGCUGGCUAUAUACAACUACGUGUCCAAAGUGGGUAGCAAGCCUUGGGUGCCCAAAGUGCCCAUUCAGUUUCACCAGCAGAGACUGGGCCAUGGACUCAUCAUCUCUUGUCCUGGGGCCCGGCCAGAGCAUGCUGUGGCUUGGGACAAGGACCACCAGCACCUCUACCGCACACAAUACCUAAAAGGUGUCAACAGAUCCAUGAGAGUAUUCAUUGACCAUGGCAACCAGCUCCACAUUCGCUUCACUCAGCUAAGUGACCGGGGCAUUUACUAUUGUUGGCGGCAAGGGGUGCAGAUUGCUGGGUUUCGACUCAGUGUGACAUCCCGAGGGCACUACCCAGCCUCACUGUCUGACCCUGAGACUCGUGCUGCUGUGGAGCUCACCCUGAUAAGCUAUCUUCUCAUCACAGCAAUUUUUGUCACCGUUCACCUCUGUCGUUGCUGCUGUUACUCAUUUCGCUUUCGUCCCAUGUUCUCACCCUAG